AUGACAACGGCAAUGACAGAUCCUAACAAUCCAAACGCCUUGGAUUAUGCACAAGAUGACAAGGAGCCACUGGAGGUGAUGGAAGCCCCUCCCAAGGACUUUGACAUGUUUUCUUCCGUGCCGGUUUCCACCAAAGUUGUGAAACACAGAAAGCUUGUCCUGCAGAACAAAGAUUGGAACUCCUCCGUUCAUAUGUGGAUUGUCGAUGUGAAACGCAAGCUGGUGCUCAUGCAAAAGCGCUCUCCUCACAAAGAUACAUUCCCCAAUCGAUGGGAUAUCUCUUCGGCAGGACACAUUCCAGCUGGCGCCAAACCAAUUGAUACGGCUCAGUCCGAGUUGGCGGAGGAGUUGGGAAUUUCCGUGGACAGUCCAGACGAGUUGAAAUUCCAAUUCAUUUGCCCUGCAGAACAAGCGAAUGAUGGAGGGUGGAACUGCUACGAACAUGUUUACUUUCUGAAACGAGAUUCUACGGUGUUGAAGUGUGCCUUGGGAACUGCUGAGGUCACUGACGUCGCUUGGGUUUCCAUCGACGAUUUGAAGAAAGCCUUGAAUACCCUAGACGAGGCAUAUGUUCCACGAGUUCACAACUACAUUCCAGUAUUUUUCGCGUGUCUUGACAAGAUGGUGCAGUGA